AUGUCCAGCUACCUGCCGAUCCUCAUGGACAUGGACAUGGGCAGCUCGUCCAGCUCCGACUCGUCCAACUCGACGAGCGCCUCGAGCGACUGCAAAGUCUCGAUGCUGUUCAACACAUAUACCAUCGACGCCUGCUUCCUUUCAUCCAACUGGCACAUCACUUCCAAAGGCAUGUUUGCCGGCUCAGUCAUUGGUAUCUUCUUCCUCUGUGUCCUCAUCGAGGCUGUAAGAAGACUGGGUCGAGAAUAUGAUCGAUGGCUCGUUAGGAAUGCGGCUACAAGCUGCUGCCCUAGCGUUAUCAGCGCUGCCAGCCUUUCAGAGCUCGGCAAGGAUGACGGGGUGAACGUUGCCAAGUCUGUGAUUCAAUACGUUCCCUCUUGGCCACACCAGCUGCUGCGUAGUUUUGUAUACGGUAGUCAAUUCACAGCGGGUUUUAUAGUUAUGUUGACGGGGAUGUACUUUAACAUCUGGAUACUCAUUGCCAUCUUUAUCGGCCAAACAGCCGGUUACUUUUUCUUUGGAAGAGAUACCGUAUCUGGGGAACUGGAGCAGUCAUCACAUGGUAAUUGCUGUUGA